AUGGCUGCUGCAAGGGGCUGGAAGAUCAGCCCAUGCUCGACCUCUGCCAAGCUCGCUAACGGCGCAAUCGUCAAGCUCAGUGGCACUACCGAGGUCACAGUGCACCGUGAUGGUCGAGACUAUGAGCUACAAUUCUUUGUUCUCCCUGGAAGCGGUGCUUCCACGGGCGUGGACGCCUCCACGUGCAUCCUUGGUGUCCGGUCUAUGUGCGCAUUGAAGGUCUCUCUGUGUUUCGACGAGGUAUCGGGUUCGCGCCAGGUCAUCGUUCGUACCCCUGUGUCACAGGGCCUGUGA